AAACGGAUUCUGCGCACUUUGCAACAACGACAUCGCCAACGCCACUUUUUGGAGCUACGCCUGGGAUCCAAAUAAGAAUGAAAGUUUGAUUGCCCCUCCCAAAUUCACGCGUCGCCGGCCAGCGCAGUAUCUGAGGCCUUGUGUCGACGACGUUCUAACGGACACGUGCUCGCAAGAGGUGCCAGAGAUGAUGACCCAAAAGUGCAAGACAUACUACGCGCCCGUCACGAACCACUACCUGGAUGGCAUGACUUUCAAGAACGUCUACUGCGCCAUAUGCAACGGAGUCGACCUGUCAAACUUGUCGUGCAGCCCAACGCGGCAUUUCGUUCCCAGCCGUUCGGGAGGAUUUGUCCCGAAGCAUCGAAAUCUCGCAGCCUUGUUCAAGCCUGUUGUUAGAACGCCAUCGUGCUACGCUGUGCACGACGGCCGGUGCUACAUACAGCGGUCAAGCGAGCCCCGAAGAAGGGACCAGGAAUGGGACGGCAACCAGAACGAGACAUUCACGGUGCUACCGUCAGAGGAAGCGCCCGGCGACGGUGGCAUACGUCAGUAUGUCACGCUAGUCAGCGUGUCACUCUCAAUAUGCUGCCUCGCGCUCAAGCUCGUCGUCUUUUGCGCCUACCGGGAGUCGCGAAGCUUCGCGUCCAAGUGCACGCUGCGCCUCUCCGUCACGCUCAUGCUCACCCAGAUCCUUUACCUAAUCACGAGCUGCCUAGACGUUCCCACCGUGGUGUGCUUGGCAGGUGCAGCGCUGGUACAUUACGGCUUCCUGUCAACCUUCUGUUGGACGUGCACGUUGUCCUUCGACAUCUGCAGAUGCCUGACGGCCCUGAAACUGUCCUCAUCACGCGAGAGGGUCCCAGUAGUCUACGGCAUGUUCUGCUGCUGCUUGCCUCUCAUCGUCGUUGCCUCAGCAUUGGCUGUAGAUCUGGCAGUACCCGGAACUGUUCUGUCCCCCGGCUACGGCCGCCUGGUCUGCUGGAUAGGCACGUUCUGGGGUCUGGUCGUGUACUUUCUGGUACCCGUGGCGAUGCUGCUGCUGUGCUGCCUCGUGUUUUACCUCAGGGUCGUGUUUUACGUUAGCCAGACGUCCCUGGCACAGAAUACGGUCAGCGGUGUAAGAAAUCGGCAACACGCCCAUGCGGUUCUCUUCGUGCGGUUGGCUUUGGUGAUGGGCUCUCCCUGGGCUAUCGCAUUCGUGGGAACCUUUGUGGAAUCUGUCGUUCUGGACUGUGUUGUGAAUGUUCUAGUUGGUUUGCAGGGUGUCUACUUAUUCUUGGCCUUCAAGGACUACCGCUACUUUUGGUCGUCGACACGCAAAGCGCCAGACUUGCGCACCCGAGCAAUGCCUCUAGCCCGUUCCCUACUGAUAAUUCCUUGGUGAAAGAUUCCUGAGCGCCCACUACACAGAGCGAUACCUGUAGAAUUCUAAGUCAAAGUCGCCCAAUUAAAGUAUUACU